GGCCGCUCGGGGCCGGUGUGAGCGCGGGCGGCGGCGGAGCGGGCCCGGCCUGGAGACUCUGCUUGCUGUUGGAAGAUGGGAGAGAUAGAAGGAACCUACAGAGUUCUGCAGACUCCAGGCUCUCGUUUGGGUGCCCAGAAGAGCUCAGGGGUGAGCACCUUGGAGCCAGGGCAGAACCUCCUGCCUGCCAUGGCCUCAUCGCCCGCCAAGGCGCACGAGCGCGACCUCCCCGUCAAAAUCAAGAUGUUGGACAACACAGUGGAAGUUCUUGACAUUGAGUCAAAAUGUUAUGGCCAGACGUUAUUGACAGAAGUUUACAAGCAUCUGAAUUUGAUUGAAUCAGACUACUUUGGAAUUGAGUUCCAGAAUAUCCAGUCAUAUUGGAUUUGGCUGGAACCUAUGAAACCUGUUAUUAAACAAGUACGGAGACCAAAGACUACAAUGCUUCGUCUGGCUGUGAAAUUUUUCCCUCCUGACCCUGGUCAGCUGCAAGAGGAAUACACCAGGUACCUGUUUGCAUUGCAAAUCAAAAGGGACCUGGCAGAGGAGAGGCUGACCUGCAGUGACAACACAGCUGCUCUGCUGGUCUCCCACCUGCUGCAGUCUGAAAUAGGAGAUUUUGAUGAAUCAGAAGACAAAGAACACCUUAAAACAAACCAGUAUUUGCCAAACCAGGAAAAACUUGAAGGAAAGAUCCUGGACUUCCACAGGAAGCAUGUGGGUCAAACUCCUGCUGAAUCUGACUUUCAAGUGCUUGAAAUUGCCAGGAAACUGGAGAUGUAUGGCAUCAGAUUCCACCUUGCCUCUGACCGUGAGGGCACCAAAAUCAACCUGGCAGUUUCACACAUGGGUGUGCUGGUGUUCCAGGGUAACACAAAAAUCAAUACCUUCAACUGGUCCAAGGUCCGUAAGCUGAGCUUCAAGAGGAAAAGAUUCCUUAUUAAGCUCCACCCAGAGGGCCCGUACCAAGAUACAUUGGAGUUUCUUUUGGGAAGUAGGGAUGAGUGUAAAAACUUCUGGAAAAUCUGUGUUGAGUAUCACACAUUCUUUAGGCUCUUUGACCAGCCAAAGCCAAAGGCUAAAGCAGUGUUCUUCACCAGAGGCUCAUCUUUCAGAUACAGUGGACGAACACAGAAGCAGCUAGUGGAUUAUAUUAAGGACAGUGGGAUGAAGAGAACCCCAUAUGAAAGGAGGCACAGCAAGGUCAGAGCAUCCACUCGCACCUCGAACGCAGACGUGCCAAAGCAGAGUGUCCCAUUCUCUGAGGGCUUGAGAACUCCAGGGUCUCCAGCCUCAACAGCUGCCCCCUUCCACUCAGUUCACUCCUUGGCCAGUCCCGCUUCCAUCCUGCCCAUGUUUGCUGAACCCAGCCCUUCCUCCUUGGAGCCCCGAGCAUCGUACACAAGGAUUCCAGACAAAACCACUGCAGCCCCAGUGGAAGAAGUGGGGAGGAAGCUGAUGCAGCAGCCUGGAUCUCCCGUGCUCCAAGGCCUCCCUGUGGACCAUGGCCAGCUGUCCUCCCUUGUGCUGAAGAGUCCCCUGGGUUUGAGCCCAGGCUUUCAGGUGACUGCAGCCACCCAGGGCUCAUCCCCUCUGCUCAGCCCUGUGCUCAGCGAUGCUGGUGGCGCCAGGAUAGAGGAGGAUGAUGAAAUGAAAAGGAAGCGCUGCCCCACAGACAAGGCAUACUUCAUAGCAAAGGAGAUCCUGGCCACAGAACGCACCUAUUUAAAGGACCUGGAGGUCAUUACAGUGUGGUUCCGCAGUGCUGUGAUCAAGGAGAAUGCCAUGCCCGAGGGCCUGAUGACCCUGCUCUUCUCCAACAUUGACCCCAUCUAUGAGUUCCACAGAGGCUUUCUCAAGGAGAUUGAACAGAGGCUCUCCCUCUGGGAAGGCAGGAGCAAUGCUCACGUGAAGGGGGAUUUCCAGCGCAUUGGGGAUGUCAUGCUCAGGAACAUGCAUGCUCUCAAGGAGUUCACGGGCUACCUGCAGAAACACGACGAGGUCCUGACGGAACUGGAGAAAGCAACCAAACGCCUCAAGAAGCUGGAGAUGGUUUAUAAGGAGUUUGAGCUGCAGAAGGUUUGCUACCUGCCCCUCAACACCUUUCUGCUCAAACCCAUCCAGAGACUGAUGCACUACAAGCUGAUCCUGGGGAGGCUGUGCAAGCACUACACAGCAGAGCACCGGGACUUCGCCGACUGCCGCAAUGCUCUGAAGGAAGUCACAGAAAUGACCUCCCAGCUGCAGCACAGCCUCAUCCGCCUGGAAAACUUCCAGAAGCUUACAGAGCUGCAGCAUGACCUGAUUGGGGUAGACAAUCUCACAGCACCUGGCAGGGAGUUUAUCCGGGAAGGUUGCUUGUACAAGCUCACUAAGAAGGGCUUACAGCAGAGGAUGUUCUUUCUGUUCUCAGAUAUGUUACUGUACACAAGCAAAGGGGUCACAGGGACAAAUCAGUUCAAAAUCCACGGACACCUCUCUCUGCAUGGCAUGUUGGUGGAGGAGAGUGAGAAUGAGUGGUCUGUCCCACACUGCUUCACAAUCUAUUCUGCACAGAAAACCAUAGUGGUGGCAGCCAGCACCCGCCUGGAGAUGGGCAAGUGGAUGGAAGACCUGAAUGUGGCCAUUGAGAUGGCCAAGAAAUCCACAGAGAAAUCCGAGAUGCUUCUGGAAAAUUCCGUCUGCAACCGCUCCAACAGAUCCUCAGAUGAGGUGUCAGUAGAGCAGGAGUCAGAAGAUGACAUUCACUCCUCCCGUAGCUCCCUGGACAGGCAGAGCCAGCCCCGUGCCAACACCACGGUGCACGUGUGCUGGUACCGCAGCACCAGCGUCUCCAUGGCCGACCACAGCGCGGCCGUCGAGAACCAGCUCUCUGGGUAUCUGCUGAGGAAAUUCAAGAACAGCAAUGGCUGGCAGAAACUCUGGGUGGUCUUCACCAACUUCUGCUUGUUCUUCUACAAGACACACCAGGAUGAUUAUCCCCUGGCCAGCCUCCCCCUGCUGGGCUACACGGUCAGCUGCCCUGUGGAGGCAGAUGGCAUUCACAAGGAUUAUGUCUUCAAGCUGCAGUUCAAGUCUCACGUGUACUUCUUCAGGGCUGAGAGCAAAUACACCUUUGAGAGGUGGAUGGAGGUGAUCAAAAGAGCCACCAGCUCUCCUGCCAGGUCGAGCCUGCCUGUGCCCAAGGAGAAGGACACUCACACAGAGUGAUGUGGGGCAGAGCUGGAUCUCUGCUGGCAACACCAACAAAACAGGUGGGAGCAGGAGGCUCUGGAGUUGGCAAAGCAAAGAGCCAGGAGGCUCCUUCCCCCCAGAAUGGAAAGUGGGGCUGCAGCCAGGGAUCACAUCCAUUCCCAAAGGUGGGGAAGAGGGGCAAGUCUGUUCCAGCUGGACCUACUCAGAGAGAACCCAACACCACCACCAUCAUGGAGGGGUUCUUGUUCCCUGUACCUGUACAGUGACACCUUUGCCUGCCCUGAGGGCAGCUCCCACCUUCUUUUUACACCUUGACUGGAUGCUCAGCACACAGGGGAGGAGCCCAGCAGCCUCCAGGGGUGCAGCUGGCUGGCAGCAGAGGGUGCCAGGGCUCCUGCCCUGGUGCUGGCAGCACAGCCUGUCCUGCUGGCACAGCUGCCUCAGACAGACAGGGACACACCACGUGCUGCCUCACUCCCAGCUCGUUCUGAACAGCACUGCAGCUCUCCCAGCACAGCUCUGCUCCUCAGGAGCUGCCAGGGCAGCAGCUUUCCAGGCAGGCUGUGUCUCUGUGGAGGUGCUGGUGGGUUGUGGAUCGGUGCAGGGGGGUGCAUGGUUUGUCCUCUGAACUCAAUCACUGUUCUCAUAUCACAGCUCCAGUUUCUUUAUCCCUUAGUAGGAGUUAAGGCAUGGGAUGGCAAACACUCUCCACUCUGGUGUGGGUGAUGUUUUCAAGGCAUUUAAGCACUGCAGGAGAGCAAGCCUCUGAAAGUCACUGUUGCUUGUGCUUUUGUCAUGGCAAGACUUGUGAAAAUCCCUCAUCUUCUAGUUCAGUUUGGGGUGGGAUCCAUCUUCUGUUUCUCAUGAAGGUGUAAAAGUCACUGGAUUCCAGAUGGAGCAUUAGUGUCUGUGGACUCUAUUAAAUUUCUGUAUUAAAUCUGAAA